AUGCCUCUAGAAGGACCUAUGCAACGGUAUACAUGGUCGUCUUGCUCAGGCUGCGCGUGUCCCAACCAUCACAUUCCCACCCACGUAUCCGAGGACGGAAGUGCACCUGAUUCCAUACCUGAUUUCUCCCAUCUCGAACGCUCGAACGAUCCUCCUCUUCCUGGCGAAGCAGAGACCCUAGAAUCUAUGAUAUUCGACUGGGAAGAAUCCGCCGCCGCCAUCAGCAAAGAAAUCGAGGAAAUGCGUGCACUGAGGAAGGAACUGCUCAAAGGUGUGGACCAUUUAGAGAAGCGGACCUCUACGCUUUGUCAAAAUCGCCUGGUCUUCAACGAACGUAUUCGAGAUAGGAAGACUUUGCUUAGCCCUGUACGACGCCUUCCAGCAGACGUCUUGCUGCAUAUCUUUCACGAGACGAUCGAGUUUCCCAGGGAGUGUGUCAAUGCGCCUGGCACCUGGAAGCGCUUUGGUCUCGAGCGUCCAUCUGACACCGAUUCACCCUGGUCUAUUGUCUCCGUCUCAAGACGCUGGCGAGAGGUUGCACUCUCGUUCCCAGAGCUCUGGACUUUCAUCAAUAUCGCUCUCAGUGAGGAACUCUUUGAAGAAGGCGAUUAUGGGUACCUACGCUUCAUCAGUCUCCACCUGUCCCGCUCCGGGUCUCGUCCACUAUCAGUUGCCAUUUAUGAGGAUGGCUGUUCGUCUUUUGACGAAUUACCUCCAAGCUUGCUCGGAUCUCUGUUUUCGUUUGCUCACCGCAUCCAUCAUCUCUAUCUUCAUCUCGUGACAUGCACAUUUGCUUCAUUGUCUCCUCUGCGUACUUCUUUUAGCCAAUUGAAAACACUUUUCAUCGCGCCCGUGGAUGAAGAAUAUGAAGAUUGCGAAGAACUCGAGGUAUUCGAUUUAGCUCGGGAGCUACAUACUGUCACAACCAUCAAUGCCGACCUCUCGUUCUCAUUCGUUCUUUCAUGGAGAAGCAUCAUUCGUUACGAAUGUGAUUACGAUCCCACGGAGCCAUCCGGCCACACGACCCCCGAUUUUUUUCUUCAGCUUCUAGAGGAUAUGGAAAACCUCACAAGUUGCUUUUGGAGAUCCGGAUUACGGACAUACGGAGAUGGAUUGGACCAUAUAGAAGAGCCGAUUGCUUGUCAGAAGCUUCAAUCACUGGAGAUAGCUUCCGGUCACCUCGCUGAUCCAGAAGCGAUACGUCAAGUCAUUGAUCACCUGCAUCUGCCUUCUCUCUCGUCCUUACGAGUCGCGUGCUCAGACAAGGCCUACGAGAGUGAAAUUCCAUUCGGUUCUAUAACCAGGCUCAUUGGACGUUCUUGGUGCAGGCUCACAACGCUUGCUUUCUCUCAGGGCGCAGUGCCUUCCGACCAACUACUCUACAUAUUUGAUCAAACGCCAACGCUGGAAGAGGUGGAGCUCGUCGACGUAGGGCCCGAAGCGAUCACGGACGAACUUGAAAAUGCUGAUAAACAUUUACUUCCGCGACUUCGCUCUCUGUACCUCCGUGGAUACUUCACUUUUUCCAUGGCCAUGUACGCUUCUAUGGUCGAAUCUCGAUGGAAGAGCACGUCCCAGUUUUCGCAGGUCGUCAAGUUAAAGUCUGUCACGCUACGGAAGGACGUAAACGUCCGGCUCGUUGAAAAGGAGCGGGCUAUCUGCUUGGCUGUUCUUACUCCGUUGCGCACAGAAGGACUUGAGCUGAACGUGAAACUACAACCGGUCUUUGGGCCCGAGGACGAGCACGGAGGCGAAGAUGAUGAGGAGGACGAGGAGGACGAAGAUGACAAUACCGAUAAUUCGAGGGACGGAUGA